CUCACUCGUAUUCUUACUCCAUUUAGCAUCAUCAGUGUGGCCUUCGACACAAUAGCAUACGUCCACUGUCCACAUUGAUCAGUGGCGUGGGUGUAUGCCAAAGUAUCAUAUAUUAUAAUACAGUUUGUUCAACGCCUCUUCGACAAAAAUGACCUCGACUGCAAGCCAACUGGAACAAAGCCUAAGGGGACUUCAGAUCUCAGAGUCUGACUCGCAAGCAAAGUCUACCACAGUGCAAUGGGUGCCCUCCAAAUACAGCUCAGACGUAUCUCAGUACGUUCUCCUAAGGCCUCCCCGGCCUCCAUGCGGCAAUCGUCGGCUGUUUGGGUUUCCUAUUGUCAAGAGGGAACUUUGGAAUAUGGGGACCAUUGCUUUUCACCAUGUUCGGCCAGGCAAAACUUUACCAGACAACAAUGCCUACAUCGCCAUGAAUUCCCUUACAUUUCUCAAGGUAUAUCUCGGUCUUCACCUUUGUACUUUGGCGUUCGGAAAGGUGGUCGGAGACUCGAAGAAUAUCCCAUCAGAGUGCAUGUCGUUGGGAGACGUGCUAUUGUUAGUAUUGUGGAGGGAUACAGAAUCCGAGUCGAUCUGUCCAACACCAAGUCAAGUGCAAUCCUUGGAGUUGAAGCUUAGGCGCUCACCGGGAUGGUGGGUAGAAGUCCCACAAUUUUAUGAAUAGUGCGC